AUGAUUAUGCUAACUUUCAGGGGUAAACUGUACCCACAGGAACCUCAAUGGCCCAGUCCAACCCCCCGUACCUAUACACAAGAACAGACCACCAGAGCAAGUACAACAAUGGCGACCACGACCCCCAGGACUACAACCACCACUACCACACGGAAGCCAGCCACUCCCCCUCCUGUCGGACCGACGGGACUAAAAGGACCACAGGGUCCACCUGGUCCUCCAGGGCCACCGGGUGAUCCUGGGUUUGACGGUGACAAUGGAAUGCCAGGACUCCCGGGACCACCAGGGCCGCCACCCCAAGAGACCGAAGGACAGCUUUCCCAACUGCGUCAGAUGGUUAAAGGCCCAGUGCCUCAAAACGUCACUACGUACCAGGAUAUUCGAGUGACCAUGGGACCACCAGGGGAGCCAGGUCCUCCGGGGUUUCCUGGAGUCAUCGGCAUUCCCGGUCCCAUCGGACCACCGGGAUUUGUUGGAGAUCCAGGUCCACCCGGACUUCCAGGAUCCCGUGGACAUCCGGGUCCCGUUGGUGAGGAUGGUAAAAGUGGACCAAUGGGUCAGCCGGGCCUAAAGGGAGCUCGAGGACCAGCAGGACUUCCUGGUACCCCAGGCGAACCAGGUCUGAAGGGCCCCGUUGGAUUUCGCGGAGAGCGUGGUGAACAGGGCGCUGUUGGAAUCAAAGGAGUAAUAGGGAACGAUGGAUUAAAGGGGCUUGUUGGGCCACCAGGUCCAAAGGGAGCUGUCGGCCUACGAGGACAUCGGGGUGAACCAGGACCUAGGGGUAUUGCUGGACCCCCAGGCCCCGUGGGAAUCGAUGGCACCAGCGGAGUUCAAGGACCACCUGGUGAUGCCGGUUCUCCCGGGCCUCAAGGCAGCCCUGGUAGACAGGGCCCUGAAGGCAUCAAGGGUAAUCCAGGUAUGGCGGGCCCCAAAGGAGAGGUUGGAUUCCCUGGGAUUCGCGGAGAUCGUGGAGCACCCGGUCCACCAGGACCUUCUGGAAAACAAGGUGUUUAUGGACCAGCAGGAGCAGUUGGAAAUAAGGGUGAGAUGGGAGAUCGUGGGCAUCCAGGAGAACCUGGUCCUGCAGGCUUCCGUGGGUUUGUUGGUUCCGAAGGCGAAUCGGGAACCGCGGGUCCGAAAGGACCUGAAGGGGCUGCCGGAUUACAAGGUGCUCAAGGACUACCUGGUGUUGAAGGUGAUAAGGGUCGUCGUGGUGAGCGCGGUCCCACUGGUCCUGUAGGCGAAGUUGGCAGAAGGGGAAUUCGCGGAUCCGCCGGACCACCUGGACCGCCAGGGUUUGAGGGGAGUAGAGGUCCUCCAGGAAGCCGUGGAACACCAGGUCCGGAAGGUCCUCCAGGAGCAAUUGGUAUUCCAGGCGAUCCAGGCUCACCAGGUCCUAUUGGAGAGAAAGGUUCUGAAGGUGAUCUUGGCGCCAGUGGUCCAAGGGGAUCAACAGGUCCAAGAGGUAAAACUGGAUCCCGAGGACAACCUGGACCGAAUGGGGAACCAGGACCAAAGGGUCCUCUUGGAGCCAUCGGUCGACCUGGUAUGGUUGGAGCACCGGGUAUACCUGGACCCCAAGGGCUCCAGGGACCACAAGGUAUUCGAGGACCUCCAGGCUCAAUGGGUAAAUCUGGUGAACCUGGUGCCAUAGGCUCUCGAGGGCAACGUGGAGAUCGUGGACCUCGGGGUGAACCUGGUCCUCCAGGACCUUUCGGACCCGUAGGAGAGAAAGGCCAACGAGGACAACCUGGCAAACGGGGUCCUAUGGGACCCGAAGGCCGAGCGGGUGCAGAAGGCGCUCCAGGAACACCUGGAAAGCCCGGCGAUCCGGGGCCAGCAGGUGAGCCAGGAAGUCUUGGACCACGAGGACGUCUGGGAGAGCGCGGUGCGCCUGGACAAAUGGGACCCAUGGGUCCGCCAGGUCGACAGGGUCCAAAAGGCACAGCCGGCCCCAUCGGUAACGACGGACCUAAAGGAGAUCGGGGAGAAAAAGGUACCAUGGGCGAGGCUGGACCUGUUGGACUGAAUGGACCUCCAGGUAAUGCUGGCAUCCGUGGUCCACGUGGACAAAAGGGGGAACAAGGCGAAACUGGUCCGCGCGGUGACCCGGGACCGAUUGGACCACCAGGAGAGCGAGGGUCUGAUGGAAAUAUUGGACCAAUGGGACAGCAGGGUCCUCCCGGAAACAAAGGUCAACCCGGUCUCCGUGGCCCCCAAGGGGACAAGGGAGUAGCUGGGGAUCAAGGAGAACAAGGAAUUCCAGGUGAGAUCGGAAAGCCUGGAAUGCCAGGUCCGCCUGGUCCAGUGGGCAUGAAAGGUCUCAAAGGUGAACAAGGACCAAUUGGAAGUCGGGGUGAACCAGGUGCCUUGGGACGCAAAGGCGUUCAAGGUCCUGCGGGUCCGAAGGGCCUUCCUGGACUGCCUGGUCGUCAAGGCGACCGAGGAAAGCCAGGCGAACAAGGUGAUCAAGGUGCAGCAGGGGCACCGGGGUCACCGGGUCCAGCAGGUGCAGAUGGUGAACGUGGUCGUCCAGGCCCACCAGGUCCAUCCGGAAGACAUGGAGCCAAGGGUGAUACAGGGGAGCCUGGUCUAUCUGGUCCACCUGGAACAACUGGACCACCGGGACCUCCCGGACCUGCAGGUCCGAAAGGAGAGCGUGGGAGCCCUGGACCACAGGGUAUUGUUGGACCAAUUGGACCGGCCGGUGAACAAGGACCCCGUGGGCCUCCGGGGCCUAUUGGACCCACUGGAAUAGUCGGACUCGCUGGAAAACCUGGUCUCAUGGGUCCUCCAGGAAACAUGGGUCCUGCAGGCCGAAUGGGACUCCCCGGUCCACCUGGUAAACCCGGCCCAUCUGGCAAGCGCGGUCCACGAGGAGAGGAGGGGGCUCAAGGUCCGGAUGGAAACCGUGGUAUUAUGGGGCCUCCGGGCGCAGCAGGCGUACGUGGGCCACCAGGGGAACGUGGACCUGCAGGACCACGUGGAAUGCGAGGCGCUCCAGGUAUUCAAGGUCCUCCAGGGGUUGUCGGUAAAUCAGGACCCACUGGUGCGACGGGAAAACCAGGUGAAAAGGGAUUCCAGGGGAAACGCGGGGAGCCAGGCGAUAGUGGUAUUCCAGGCCCAAGAGGUGCAGUUGGGCCGGAUGGAAAACCCGGUGAACCCGGAGACCGAGGAGCACCCGGGAACAUGGGACUUAUGGGACCUCCUGGAAUUGGUGGACCUCCGGGAGUACCAGGACCACCUGGAUCGGCUGGUCCACAGGGUCCUGCGGGUCCCGGUGGUCCAGAAGGUGAGCGGGGCGUCAUGGGAGGCCCCGGUCCGGCAGGACAACUUGGGCCAAUGGGACCUCCAGGUCCUCAGGGACCCCCCGGGGAUCCAGGGCCAACGGGACCCGACGGACCACCAGGAAUGUCAGGGCUUCCCGGUGCUCCAGGAGAGUUCAAAACCGAUUACACUCAUUUAUUCAGCCGACCGCGAGACAGCGAAACAGAGGUUAUGUCCGACCAACCAUUUCGUCGAGGUCGACGCUGGUCCGACGAUGAAAUCGAUCCAAGCCAGGAAACGGAUCCAAAUGAUGAAAACGAAGAUGUCUUUGAGGCGCUUCGGAGAGUUGGCAGCUUGGUUGUUGGUUUGCACAGCGGUAGCGGAACUCAGUUUGAUCCAGCUCGAACAUGUGCGGAUUUGAAACGAGAUUAUCCGUCAAAGAAGGAUGGUAUUUACUAUGUUGAUCCAAACGGAGGUCAUUGGCGCGAUGGUCUGGCAGUCUACUGUCGAUUCAGCGGACUGGAGACUUGUGUGGCACCUACCAUGGAGCAAAUGCCAUUUGCCGUGAUAACCGCUCGCAACGGACUCUCAGUUUGGUACACAGAAUUGACACUAGAUUCCGAACUAACUCAAAUCGAAUACCAAAUGCCAAAAGAUCAGUUGGUCUUCUUGCAACUGUCAAGUGAAGUGGGGAUCCAGCGUCUGAAAAUCAAUUGCAAGAAGAUGCGGGGGGGACGGGAACCUGUGUUGCUUAGUGACGAUGGGCGAUUGGUCCAGCUUAAUGCCAGCGGUGCGUCAAUAUCUAUUCAAAUCGAGGAAGAUACGUGCAGCACCAAAGACUAUGGCAGCCUCUUAAUUACUAUCCGCACAAAACAACCCACCUUACUGCCCAUACGUGAUGCUCGGUUUUUCCAUGGCAAAGAUUCUUCUGCCAGCGUAUCCCUGGAAGUUGGCACCGUUUGUUACGGGGGUAUUGACCCGGAAGAACCUGCGUUCAUAGAAAAGCUUCAAGAAGAGCAAGAUGACUUCACAGAGUUUCCCUUAAACGAUGGGACCAGUGCUUCUGCUACUCUCGUGAACCGCCAGCCGAGGUGGGACACGCUUUCAAAACUUUUCACUUCGUGAGAUACGGAUGUAUUCCUGAAAUUGUACCUAACACCAUGUGUUUUUAUGAUGACCUAUCGUUUACCGAAGCAGAAGGAAAAUAGUUUGUCCUGUCUUGAGUGCUCA